UUUACCAGUUUUUGCCAUUUGUGCAUAAAUGUUAUAAUUGUGUAAUUGUGUCUUUUUAUAAUAGUAUCAACCAAAAAUUGAGGAAAGUUUUCAUUACAUUGACUUGAAUUGGCCGCCAUUCAUGGAGUUUGCUCCAACUCUGAGUUCUGAGUCGAGAGAAUCAAAUUAUCGUUAAUGCAGUUUCUCUGUUAUCUGUUUUUAUCCUUUACCUUGAACCAGAAGAGAAUAGGAAAUAUUUCUGUCAGGGAUUGAGAGAACCAAAGAGCUAUCUGGAGUUGGUUAGAGGAAUGUUUCAACUCCAAACAAGUCCAUUAAAGGUCAUCUGUGAUAGAAAAGAACAAUUUAAAGUACAGUUUGAGUGAUUGUUUUUAAUUCAACCAAAAGGGAUCCAAUCCAAAGUAAAUUAUUUAAUUAUAAACCAGUGGUCGUCAAAUCAAACAUAAUAACAGUUAAUAUUUCUAAAUUUAUAUUCACUUCAACAUCUACCCUGUUGAGAUCAACCGUAUAACCUGUAAUGGUACAAACAGAUAUCAAGGAAUAAACUCUUUGAAUUUCUGUCUUAAUUUAUUUUCAACUCUAUUCAAAACCAUCAAUAUUGUAAUUACUCAGUGCUUUUUACAUAACCGUCAUUUCAUCUAACUGACAACCAAAGUGAUCCUGUGAAUAUAUGACUCUCGAUUUAGUGUUAAACCAUAAAUUGUCGGAUUGAUAUAACACACAAUUGUUGGUUCAAUUGGUUAAUCAAAUGGGUGAAAAUACGGAUACAGUUAAUAUCCAGGAUAACUCAAAGCCAUCCUUUUUUGGUGUUAGAUCUUACAUUCACCAUUUCUAUGAGCCAGUAACAGAUGGGUUUAAAAGUGAUUCUGAUGAAUCUGACGAAUCAAGAUACCUGAUUGCUCCCAAGAAGCACAGAAGAGCACCCAAAAUUUGGAAAUUUGCUUUCUGGUUUGGUUUUAUUCUGUUGAUAACUGGCUCUUUUAUACUCAUCAUUGCAUAUGGAUAUCCUAGAAAGCAAGUUGUCAUUGCCCGAGAAGAUGAGAUGAGAAUAAUUGACCCCGUAGCUGCGGACUUUAACAAGAAACUUGAACUGGGCAAAAUAGUUGGAUUAGCAGUAUUUUGCUGCGGCGGUUCUCUUUUGGCACUGACGCUUCUUCUUCCCAGUCUUGUCGGAGUCUCUUGUUUAGACGAAGAGGAUGAUGACGAUGCUACUCCUUUCAAAGUAACUGUUUCCGAAGUAGUGCAUGCUGGUGACCCUAAAAGUGAUUCAAAUGAUUUGGAUUCUCGGAUUCCGGCUACUGAAAAGGUUACAAGUGUUCAACCAUCUCGAGAAGAGGCCGAGUCAGUUGUUACAGAAUCCGGGUUAACUCAGAUGAAAGGUUGAAUACUGUUAGGUGAACACAUUUUUUAAGAAGGACAGAAAAAAAGAGAAAAUUUUAAAAGCCAAAGUCAGUUGAUUCAAGUUUUUACUCGUGGUCUUUUGCCUUUAUCCUUUUUAUUUUACCUUUGUUGAUCAACACAUCAAAUCCUCAUAUCGACUUAUAUUUCCUGCUAUUUUCAUCAUUUUGCUGUCACAACAAGAAAAGUAUAAAAUUUGCUCAUGGAGUUUGAAGGUUUCGUUAUGUUUAACCAUUUUCAAGGUUCAGUUUUUCCUGAUGGGUUCAUGUAAUCAAAGCUUUUUGAUGUGUUGCAUCAGUUGCUGUAAAAUUACUCAGACAAUUUUGAAACCUUUAAAAUUGCAGUAUUUUUUAUUUGCUCGAUUCAUGGAAUGUUGACCAAAAAGUUAUCACUUUAAUUGGAUAAACUUUAUUUGAAUCUUCAAAAGCAUGUUUGGAAAUACCACGAAUUAAUGUAAAGUUCAACAAGCAAGCCUCGAUCUCAAAAGUAAUGGAUUAGUAAUUUAUAAAGUCAUUGUAAUUUUACCUACCGACUUGAACUAACAAAGUUAUCGGCCAUAAUAUUUGGAUUGGUCAUUGUGAUUGCAAGAUGUCGAAAGUCAAUUUUAAAGCUAACGAAAUGCCUCGUUCACUUUGUAAUAUUAAUACAUCAAUGUAAAAAAAUUGAAGUUCAAUCAUUGUUAAGAAAUGUCUGUUUAACAUAACUUUCCAAGGGAAUGAAAAAUGUUUCUUGGUGUGGCAGUAAAUUAACUUAUUUGAUAACAAA